AACCUUCGAAAACAAUAAAUUACAACUUGAUAUUACAACAAAAAGUCAACAUUCAUUAAUUUCAUUGCUUAGUGGACAACGUCCUUCACAUCCAAUAUUGAACUUAAAAUAAUAACAAAAAUAAAUAGCUUUUCUUUUUUUUUUUUCAUUUGUAGUUUUAGUUCUUAUAAUACAUCAUUGUUUUACUUCUCUCUAUUCUAGAUGCACGGAAAUAAUUUAUAUAAAGUCAAUCAUCGUUAUAAUCAAAAUAAUACACCAAUAAUAACUACAAAUGAUCGACCAUCGGUAAAAUCUUAUCGUGAACAAAUUGAAACAAUGUUAACACGAUGGCGUCAAUUACAAAAAGAAAAACAUCCUCAAUGUCAACCGAUUAAUUUCGAUGAAAUUAUGGAAACUGAUCUAGCACGACAACUUCAACAAUUAGAACAAGAAGAAGAAAAACAAUAUAAUCUAUUGGAACAAGCACUUGAUGAUGAUACAAUUUUACAACAAUUAAAAGAAUAUCGACAAAAAACAAAUUCUAUGAAUUAUGAUAUAAAGGAAGAAUAUGUUCAUAUUCAUCAAGAGAAACAAACAUUACAAAUACAAUUAACAAUUAUAAAAGAAAAUCAAAUGAAAAUAAGCAAAAUUGAACAUCUACUUGAAUCAUAUUUCUUUUCAAAAGCUCACAAUCGAUUAAUCAUGAUCAAUGUAUUCAAGCAAGCAAAACUUGUUAAAAUGUUUUAUGGUGAAGUUGGUCCAACAUUUAUUGAAAUACCUAUUAGUAAAAAUGAAACAACAACAGUAUGGGUUUCAGAUGGCGUAACUAUGGAUUAUAUCAAACGUCGUAUUAAUGAAAUUAGUGGUGACUAUUAUGUUGAUCUAACAUCAGCAAUACGAAUAACUACUACUACUGAACCAUCGUCAUCAUCAUCAUCACAAUUAAACAUCGUUCAAAAUGAAUGUAAUUCAUAUCCAACAACAAAUCUUCUUAUAGGUUUUGCCAUUGGUAUAGCUUUAAUUAUAUUGCUAUUAUUGGUUAAUCUUAUUGUUAUGCUAUCUAAGAAACGAUCAAAAUAUCACAAUAGAAUGGAAAAUAUUUCAGGUGAAUCAUUACGAUUCCAUGAAAUGUUUUCUGAUUUAAAUCAUCAAAGACCACAAUCACAACAACAAUAA